UGCACUGGCUUUGCUUUUCAAACCCGCCGCUUUUUUUUUUUGUGAUUUUUAAAAUGUUGGCUUCUGCUAAUUUGGCAAAUGUCUACGCGGAGCUGAUGCGCCGAUGUGGCGAGUCCUUCACGAUCACCUACGGUGCACCACCCACCUAUUUGGUCAGCGCAGUGGGAUCCGCAGAGGCUGGAAAAAAGAUUGUGCUGGUCUUCAAGGAGGAUCGCAGUGGCCCAGUGGCUGGAAUACGAACCACGCCUACUAGGGCGAGGCCCAAAGAGGAUGGUUCGUCGAAUCUGGAUCUCACGGGCAGUCCUCUAAAGGACGAUUGCCUGGUGGACGCCAUAGGAGACCUGUCCAUAGAUCUGCAGCUGGAACACUCAAAUCCCUGGAAACUGGAGGAGGAGUACCAUCGAGGAAUACCCGUGGACAAGGCGAGGUCUAUCAUAUGCUCUGAGUUUCUUCAGAUGUCCGAAGGACUCGGUUCUGUGUGGAUCCUGUGCGAUGGCGCAGACUCCGGCCAAACACAGUUAUUGCAGUUCGAGUUUAACCCCACCCACUUCUCCAGGGGGAUCCUGAGCUACCAGGGAGUGCUGCCUGCCUAUAUGGUAAGCUCUCAAUCCCUGGUCCGGCAACAUGGCAAAGCUCCCGAGGAAACAUUGAUCGAAAACAGCUACCAGGUGAAUCCCCAGAUGAGGUUGCGAUGCUUCUGGUCCUCCAAUGCUGCUCUGCCCUCCCUGAUAAACCUAAACGAUUGCGAAGUGGCUCUGAAUCACACAUUUCGGGUAGGGGAAUGCAGUCCAUUGACCCAGGACUUUUUGAACCAGCUGCGCAUCUUGGUCUACAUUCGCGAAGACAUCGUCUCGUACCACAAGGAUGUCAAACGGGGUGUCGCCAGGGACCCCACAUACCGUUGUGGCAGUGGCGUUGAUAUGGAUGAGUUGAGAGAGUCCAUCAACCAAACUAUGACGGAUGUGUCAGGCUUUAUAAAUCGAUAUAGCAUUGGCAACGCAGAAUUUGACAUCGAGGAUGUGGUGCAAAGAGCCAAGGUGCGCCGGCUUACCGAUCUCACCGACAAACUCUGGGAGCUGCUCAAGUGCUGCGAUUCCUACAAGGACCUCAAAAUGGCUUUCAAUAUGCUCUUCCAGUGCGCCACUCGAUGUAACAUAGUAAACACUCCAACCAACAAAAAUCGCCUGGCCAAGAUUAUCACGGAGUUGGCCAAUCGACGUUUGGCCAUGCCCUGCUUAAGCGGCGCCGAGCCUUUGGAACUCCUGCUAGAGAUUGGCCUGGAGAAGCUGUACAAGGAUUAUGAGUUCAUCUACACGGAGAGCAAGAUGUGCAGCACCAAUCUGCUGAAGGAGGACUGCAGCGAAGCAGCGAAUGACGAUGGCUCACCGCAGAAUCUGCCCCAGCUACGAAAAUCCCUGCACAAUGCGGUUAGGGGAGAUCCGACGCCAGGAGCAGGAAUGCGAAAGACGCUGCUUCACCACAACGGCGCCGUCAAGUCGGGGAAUGCGAAAUAUGCUGGCGACGACGAUGAUGCAGGCUUCAAAAACAGCCAUUUCGACGAGCAGGAGAGCUCGGAACGCGUUUCCAAGUUGUUUCAAAUUCACUGCACUUUGGAGCACCUGCUGAUGAUGCACAUUCACUUGAAUCUGGCGAAUGUUUACAAUGAUGUCUGCUGUGAGCUGCUAAAGAAACCUCCUAAAUUGGUAGAGGCAAUUGAUGAUCAGCUGAGCGAUGUGAUGGACAUCCGCCUAUCCGCACACUAUGUCAGAGAUCACUUGGAUGGCAAAGAACCAUACUCACGGCACAUUACCAUGCGUUCGCAUAACAAGUUUCGUGAGCUGAAGACCACCUUCUAUUUCAAUUCGGAGAACAUUUGUCCCCCCAAUUUGGCUCAAUGUUUUCAGUGCGAUGACAAGGAGAUGGUGCAGGAGCGCACAUAUCACUCUUGGCUGUACCGCAAGAUUCUUUCACUUAAGUGAGGCAGGCCUGCUUAGAGAAAUUAAAUUGGCAAUGUAUUAUUAAUACACUUUUAAGCAUAAUUAAGCGUAUUGAAUAUAUUUAACAAAGCCUAUUUUAAUUUUGUAAUCCAUUCCAUGGCGCUCGAAUUUGUUAUCCUUCUUAGAGCUAAAAGCAACUCUUUGAAAUAACUAUAUCAUGUUAAAUUAUUAAAAACCAUGCUCGUUUUGGCCAUAAUUCUUGUAAACUAAA